GUACUCGAACUGUUGACGAGGUUUUCAUUCUAAAAGUUUUCGUCUCCUAACUUUUAAAUUAUGAAUCUUGGAGUGGUUCCAUGUUGCGAAUGCCAAAUUAAAGAGACGAUCAAAUCAAAGUUUUGAUUUUGUCUUCAGGCUUCCAGGAAUCGUAGUUCGUCAUUCACCAAUAGCCAAUCCUCUGAGCAGAUUCCAUCAAGUACAGUAUUGAUAACAAACCGGUGAUGGGUAAACAGCAAUCUAAUUCCAACUUGAAUCACGGCCAAAAUACUCAAUGAUUUUCUAGUGACACAUAAAUUCACGAAUUUUCGGAUCCCCUCAAAAUAUAGCCGUCAGGAAAAGUAGAUUCGCAUACACAGAAACUCGGUUUAAAAAAAUAAAAAAGAAACAAAACGAAUUGAAAGAAGGCUACUUACGACGCAAGCGCUCUGCAUUUUCGCCCUCUUUUUGGCCUUUUCUCCCUCUUUCUCUGCCCCUCGUGUUGUUUGUUGCGUGGCCGUGCCGCAGCUCCCGGGUGGAAUCCACACGAGACGUCGGCUGGGUGGUUUCAAAAGCAGCAGAUUCUCCGUCCUUCGUCGGGGAGGUGUGGACGGGGGGUGGUGGAAUAGGGUGGUGCGUGACGAAGGUAGUAGUAUAGUAGUAGUAGGCUGGCUGGGUUUUUGGUUGUACGUCUAAGAGAGAACAACUAGAGUGGCAGCCAGAGCUAGAACGGUCGGGCCACAGUUAGCCACGGAAGCGGCACAGAGUAGACGACAAAAGUUACACGCUCACGGCCACCAGCAAAAAUAGAGGCUUCGUCUGACGAACAGAAAAAAUCAAAUACAUAAAUUUUUUUUUUUCUUGAUCGAAUUCGAAGCCACGAUAUAUUUGAUAAAAAGUGAAGGAAACGGAAGAGCUCUAAACGGAUGUGCCUAUGCAAUAUCGUGUGCGUCAGCGUGCGUGAAAGUUUGCAGAAGUGAUAACAUUCGAAACGCUUCUUUAGCUUUACCUCUUUUUUCGUUUAUUUUCAUUUUUCGUUAUUUAUUUAUUUUAGUUGUGUGUGUGUGUGUUUUGGUUGUGUGUGAUCGAAAGCCAUCGACCGUUGUGCAGACUGAACCCUUGCAAGGUGCAAGUAUUUUCUGCGUUGUCCAGUGCGGAAGAAUUUUGUACCGCAACAAGCAUGACGUUGCAACGGCUGUUCAUCGUCACGCGGUCACCGCGACGUCAUUGCAUGUACAAAUCGUAAUGAGCAGUAAAAUCAUUGGAUGCAAAGUGUCCAGUGACUAUAUAGCGCUUAUUAUCGAUUAUCCAAUUGGCAGUUCAGCGGCCAAGAGUGAACUGGAAACUUUCAUUUCCACCCUGCCACUCAGUGCAGUGAACCAAAAGCAAUCCUACUACACCCACCUCCUCCCACCUCGACGUCGCCCUUCUUCCCAGUGUCUUGGCUUUGUAAUCUUGUUUACUCGAUGACUGUAUCCGCUCGCUCGUGGCUGGCGCUUCGGGCAUUAAACACACGCCUAGACCAACCAGCUGCUGAUAUGUAACGACAACUAGUCAAACCAAACAGCCGCAACAAACAAAUAGAUUUUGAUCAAAUUACCGCAACAACCCACAAAGAAAAGACAUUGAAAAGCUUUGCGGUUAUAGACGUUUGAAAUUCAGAAGAAAACAAAAUUGAAUAUGGCAGAUGGCUGAAAAACCAUAAUCGAUAUUUAUCGAGUGACCCAAAAAACAAAUCAAAUAAUUUACUCCGGGCGCAUACGCGUUUGUCUGUUGACGAAAGGGAGGGAAAGGUCAGCCCGUUGUCCUGACGGUCUUGCAGCCUUUCCCUGUGCACCGGAUGUCAUAAGGAAACAUUAAAGCCAAAAAAAAAAAAAAAAGGGAAGCCAUCACAUCUGGCGGGAUCUGGAGUUGUUGUCUUUUGUUGUGUGUGUGUGUGUGGCUGUUGUUUGGUGAAAGAACAACGGAAAACAGAAGAAAGAAUUAUCAGCUUCAAUCAUGUCCGGCCGAGAAGAAGGUGUCGGCUAAUGGACGAAGAAAAUUUGGAUUCGGUGCUGUUCGGCGUUUUUCUGAAUAAUAUUUAAUAAUAAUUUUUGAAUCCCUUUCCGGAUUCCUACUUGACGUAUCCGGUGAGCUAUCUUUGGUGUGGGCGAGUGUGCGUUGCCUUUUGUGCGUGUCGAAAAAGAAAAGUUUGCCACCGGAUAUUGGCUGCGGAGGGAACCGUCACGGCCUCAUCGGCCAAGUUUCUAGACCUGGACCGAACUAAACCUUAUCCAUAAUGGAGUGUUGAUACUUGCGCCCAUUGCAAGACCUACUUUGGCUGCAAACUUUGCGUAGCGCUAACGUCUUUCAAUUCUUUUUCUGGUGCUAUCCUGAAUCAUUGACAAGGCGACUGGUGCAAUCAACGACUUGGAUUUUCGUAUUACCCCAUUUUUUUUGUUUAUUUUGCCCUUGGUGAGCACACCCACCAUGGUGGCAUUUUGCUGAUCGGGGCGGCCAGUGUAACCACCAAAAUUUCGAAAAUUAACAGUAUCAAGGUAGUGAUGCCGGGAGGAAGGCGGGGCCUCGUGGCCCCGCAAAACACCUUCUUGGAGAACAUCAUCCGCCGUUGCAGUCAACAACCCGACAGCAGCUUCCUUCUGGCAAACGCUCAAAUCGUCGACUAUCCCAUCGUCUACUGCAACGAAUCCUUCUGCAAGAUCUCUGGCUACAACCGAGCAGAAGUGAUGCAGAAAUCGUGUCGCUGUUCGUUCAUGUGCGGCGAGAUGACGGACAAGGAGACGAUCCAGCGGGUGGACGAGUGCCUCGAGCAGUACACUCAAGACCAGUUUGAGAUUCUGCUCUACAAGAAGAACCGUUCGCCGUUGUGGCUGCUGUUGCAGAUAGCGCCCAUUAAAAAUGAGCGAGACGUCGUCGUCCUCUUCUUGUGCACUUUCCGCGACAUCACCGCCCUCAAGCAGCCGCUCGAGAGUGAAGAAUCAAAAGGUCUGAGCAAGUUCGCUAAACUGGCCCGUUCAGUGACACGCAGCCGGACCGUUUUGGUCUCGCAAUUCUCCUCGCACAUCCCGGCCGCUACGAAGGAAGUGGCUGCCAUCAAUAAGCAGUCCAACUUUGCUCACAUGAUGAGCCUGAAUGCGGACGUUCUUCCGCAGUACCGCCAGGAGGCACCUAAAACGCCGCCGCACAUCCUGCUGCAUUACUGCGCCUUUAAGGCCCUGUGGGACUGGAUCAUCCUGUGCCUCACCUUCUACACGGCCAUCAUGGUGCCCUACAACGUUGCCUUUAAGAAUAAGACGUCGGAAGACGUUAGUUUGCUGGUGGUCGAUUCGAUCGUCGACGUCAUCUUCUUUAUCGACAUCGUACUCAAUUUUCACACGACCUUCGUUGGACCGAACGGCGAAGUCGUUUCCGACCCCAAAGUCAUCCGAAUGAACUACCUCAAGAGCUGGUUCAUCAUCGACCUGCUCUCCUGUUUGCCUUACGACGUCUUCAACGCGUUCGACCACGACGAAGACGGUAUCGGGAGUUUGUUCAGCGCUCUGAAAGUGGUCCGAUUAUUGCGACUGGGCCGUGUGGUGCGCAAAUUGGACCGCUACUUGGAGUACGGAGCGGCUAUGCUGAUUUUAUUGCUCUGCUUCUACAUGCUGGUGGCCCACUGGCUGGCCUGCAUUUGGUACUCGAUCGGACGCUCCGACGCCGACAAUGGUGUCCAGUACAGCUGGUUAUGGAAGCUGGCCAACGUCACACAAUCACCGUACGCUUACGUCUGGUCCAAUCAGAGCAAUUCACCCGAACUGGUCAACGGGCCGGCCCGCAAGACCAUGUACGUCACGGCGCUCUAUUUCACGAUGACUUGCAUGACGAGCGUGGGUUUCGGCAACGUCGCCGCUGAAACCGACAACGAAAAAAUAUUCACCACCUGCAUGAUGAUUAUCGGAUCCUUAUUGUACGCUACGAUCUUCGGUCACGUAACGACCAUCAUCCAGCAGAUGACAUCAGCGACGGCCAAGUAUCACGAGAUGCUCAACAACGUACGCGAGUUCAUGAAAUUGAACGAAGUUCCGCGUGCGCUAUCCGAACGCGUCAUGGAUUACGUCGUCUCCACCUGGGCCAUGUCCAAAGGACUGGAUACGUGCAUGGUGUUGAAUUAUUGCCCGAAAGACAUGAAGGCCGACAUUUGCGUCCACCUCAAUCGGAAGGUGUUCAACGAGCAUCCAGCAUUCCGGUUGGCCAGCGACGGAUGCCUCAGAGCCUUAGCUAUGCAUUUCACAAUGGCUCAUUCAGCUCCUGGUGAUUUGUUGUAUCAUACGGGCGAGUCUAUCGACACGCUCUGCUUCAUUGUCACGGGCUCGUUAGAGGUCAUCCAGGACGAUGAGGUCGUCGCCAUCUUGGGUAAAGGUGACGUCUUCGGCGACACAUUCUGGAAGGAAGGAACGGUGGGUCAAUCAGCAGCCAACGUGCGGGCAUUGACUUAUUGCGAUCUGCACGCCAUCAAACGGGACAAGCUCAUCGAAGUCUUGGAUUUCUAUCACGCAUUCGCCAAUUCCUUUGCCCGCAAUCUCAUCCUCACUUACAAUCUGCGGCACAGACUGAUAUUUCGGAAAGUGUCGGACAUGAAACGUGAGAAGGAACUGGCGGAGCGGCGGAAAAACGAGCCGAAACUGGACCAAAGUCAAGACCAUUUGGUGCGCAAAAUUUUCUCUCGAUUCCGUAAAGGAGGAUCGACUUCUUCCGGCAAUCUUCUAUCCGGCAUCGGUGCGCCUCCGUCGAGUACUCCGGCACCCACCGCGGGCAACGCCAAUAGCAACGGUCCGUGCGGCUCGCAGGCCGGGACGCCGAGCCACAGCGGCCGCGAUGUGGAACGCGGUGAAUUGCUUCAACAUCAGCUGUCGGGAGAAUUCGACCUGUCCGCUGGGCAACAGCACAUUCGUUCGGGAAGUAGUAGCCCCCGUCGGGAGAAGAUUGGACUCGUGAAAGCCGUCAAGGAAGACGAAACAGCGUCGAGCGGAUCUCGGGCCAGUUCGGCGAAAAGUAAAUGGGGUAGAAUGAUGCGCGGUAGUUCCGGCUCUAGCGACGCUGUACAGGAGAGCGAACCGAGCGGGAGUACGCAAACAACUGCUGCGACAGCCAAUCCCGCAGCGACGGCCGCUUUGAAAAUGAUGGAAACAGCGACGGCGAGCGGUCGAGCGCAAUCGGCCGGCUCAGGCAACAAAAUCCAUCCCAAGUUGAGUCGAGUGCCGGAGAGACAGGAAACGAGCGUGGACGAAGCCCUUCCGCUGGAUCGGAGCCGGCUUACAGCCAGCCAAGCGUUCAGCACAACCGUGUCUGCGGAUUACAAUCCGCCCGCUAGCCAUUCGCAGCGGCAGAUGACCAGGUCGGAUUCAUCGUCCAUCAUCGAGUCGUUCACAGAGCUCAAACAAGAGGUCCGCAGCGAAGUCCAGCGAAUUAAUCACAAAAUGUCGCGAUUGGAGGACAUCCUGGGCGAAAUUCUUGUCCGUUUGACGCCGGCCAGCGUUGCGGCAGCCACGGCCACGCCCGUCAAACCGCCACCUCCACCUCUGCCGAGCGCCCGAUCGCCCGGUGGCCGCGUCCGUCACGCUCAAGUCGCUCCCGCUCCAUCAGACGUGGCGCCCUCUUUAUCGACGCAACCGUUUUUGAACGUGCCGGCUAACGUCGAUGCGACAACGACCCCUGUAGCUAUUGACAUCGAUAGUGGCGCUAGUUCACGUCCGACCGGACGCAGCGCCGGUGGCACUCGAAGUCGAAGCCGUCCGAGGUCGGCGGGAACGGGCGACAAGCUGACGACACAAUUUCAAGAGUAUGUCUGACAGUUUGAUUUUGUUUUUUUGCGAGUGAAAUAACAAAAAAAAAAAAAGGAAACAAUAAUUCUUGAAACUUAUGGUAAUAAUUUUUUGAUCAAUAAUUGGUUGGAUGAGGUGGCAAAUAAAGAGACAGAGAGAUCCGACUCAGAAUGGACUUACACACACAAUUAUAUCUCAAUUUGAAUUGAAGUUUUUGAUUCUAUUAUCUAUACAUACACACAUGUACAUAAUGUUACGUCAUCACAAAGAGACAGAAUGCAAUCAUGAAAUGACGUGUGUAACUUAUUAUUCUUUUUUUCUUUUCUUAUUUUCCUCUCUAGUCUUCAAUUGUUUUUCAUCCCGCUCUCUUUUUUUCCCUUUUUAAAUGUUGUUAUCAUUAUGCGUGUUUACUCCGGUUCCAUUGUUUUCCCUUUUUUUUUUUAAAUCAUCUCACUAUUUAUGUUUUUACCUAUUUACUCUUUAUAAUUAAUUCCCAAUUUUUCAACACGAUCAAUUAGUGAGCGCUCAACUUUGAGUCGUGGAAUUUUAUUCAAUCCCAUUUUUUUUUUCUUUGUUUCAUUUCCUAUUUUUGAACUUAGUACAUUUCUAGUCUAUUCGCCUUUGAUUUCGAAUAGCUCGGCGCCUAAUUUUUGAGGUACUUUAUUGAUAUGAGCUUGAUGCAAAUCUCACCUCUCUCCCUCUCAAAAAUCUGGAAUAAAAAAAAAAGCCAAACGAAUCACAGAAAAUGAAGGAAACGAAAAACAUUUUGUACAUCUCCUCUCUCUCCGUUCUGUGUUCUAUGCAAGAUGAGCCUCUCUGUAAAUGAUAUUAGUCUACUGGAGCGUAUAUCAGCCGAGUUUGCGUGAGAAUAAAGAGCGCGGGAGCUUAUAAGUUUGGAGAAGCUUAGCGAACGCGUAUUAGCGUGAACGAGUUAUCAUUUUGGUUGAUACCCUGAAAAUAAAAUUCUUCUCUGCUGCUUACCCCACCUGCAAGUCUGUAAACGAAAAAAAGGGGGAAAGAAAAUUGGGCAUUUGUCUUUUUCUAUUUCCAUAUGAUUUUUAUUUUUCCUAUACUUUUAACUCACUUAAAAGCUCUGCGUUUAGCCUUCGGAAAGCAAAACACAUCCGUUGAAGAUAAAAACGGGAAAGAGAGAAAGAGAGAGAGGAAGGAAACCGAUAAAAUUGGUCUCGAACAUAGGGCAUUAUUUUGCGCUCCUUCAGCCAUAUAAGUAUUUGCAUGCAGAGGAACAAAAUAAAGAAAGGCUGUUUAUCAAACAACAAUAUCGAUCCGUCCACUCUCUUCAAUAAAAUUAUAAGCCCUCUAAGGAUGAAUAGGAUGAAUAGGAACGACUUUUGUGGGACAACAGCAUCACAGGCACACAUUGCAAAACACAACCAAAACUCUCUUUCAAACUAUAUGCGUUGUUGUAGAUUAUAUACAGUUAAAAACAUAAGCGCAAUCUCUUGGCAUUGUGUGUUCAUUCAUAAUCCAGGGGGAGACGCUAUUAGAUGCAGAUCGAAUUUAUACAAAGGAAGCAAGUCAAAACGAGAGAGGAAUAGAGGGCAGCCAUAGUUUUUUUUGGAGAGGGACCAUUCAAGUAGACGAAAAGAAAAAUCAUUGCAUAACAUCUUACGCCACGUCCGGCCAUCAUAAGACAUCCCUCAGUUUCCAAGCCUCUUUUUUUUUUUCAUUUUUCUAAAAUUGACUUUUACCUUUUCUUCUCGCUGGUUUACAAAUUGAAAUUGAUUUAAGAAAAACUCAUUUUGUCCGUGUCCCAUCAUAUCUAUGUUUUCUCUUUAUUUGAAUAUAUAGGCGCCUGUUGUCUGUAUAGACGCUCUGAUGUGUACUAUUACCUAUUUACCUAUAUACCACUCACUAUCACUGCAUUUGUAUUUUACAAUUUGAUAUGUACAUAAAUGCAUCAUACACAACCGUUCGAUCUGAA